AUGAAUAUCAUCAAGAAAACAACGGAACAUCUACAUCCUGGCCAGGUUCCUGUGAUAGCUGUUGAUCAACCAUUGUUUGCCGUGGCAAAGCAAAUACAAUGGAACUGGCCGCAAACCCACGGUGAGCAAAACUUUGUCAUUCUACUUGGUGGUCUACACAUCGAGAUGGUAGCCUUGAAAAUGCUCGGUGAUUGGUUGGAAGACAGUCGCUGGACAAGUGCGCUGGUAGAGGCAGGGAUUGCGAACCCAGGAAUGGCAAAUUCAUUCGCCAAGGCCUUGAAUGUCAAGCGUGCAAGGUGUGCUCAUCAGCUAACAGCAAGUGCGUUGUAUGCAUUGCUCAACAAAAGCAUAUGCCGAGAGAGAAGAAGAAAUGGCAUUGGAACAUACUCCAUCCUUCGACAAAUGGUGCGAAGAAAGGAUGUCAAGUUCACUGCACUUUCAGUUCUAGCAUAUUGCAUUACAACUGGAAUUACUUUACUUGGUAUUUGUGCGCUCAUUUCGAGAAUCAGAUUUCGAGUUGUAUCUAGAUUUCGAGUUGUAUCUAAAUUAGCAGCUUGGUGUUUUGCUUUAGAUCACACAAAUUACGCCAGAUGGCUUCCAAUCCACUUGCAGGACAUGCUGUCCCUUGAAGAAAAGCAUCCAUAUAUGUAUAUCAUCAGUUCCUGAACAAUGGAUUCGUUGUUCAGAAGAUGUCAAGAAGGUUCUCAUCAAUAGCUGUUGAUCAAGCCCACAAACAAAACAAUACAUUGGUUAAAGGAGAUGGGGGAGAUAUCGGGCUCACAGAGAACCCUGGUGCACUUCGUCUGUGGAUGAUUUCAGGACCUGAAAUUGCGAGAAUGAUUACAGAGUUUGAAGAUGAUACAGCGUUUAUCACAGACGAGAAGACAGAUCAAGCAAAGCACCACGAAGAGAGACACAGAGUUCAAAUCUCAUUUGCUAAGGAUGUCAAAGCAUUAGUCCAUGUAAUGGAAGAUAUGGGUAAUCCAUUCUUAGAGGAAAGUGCCGAUCUACUUGUUCUGGUCACUAGGACUAUAGCAGAUGCCUCCAUGGUUGCAACCGUGCAUCAAAUUGAAGCUGUUGGUUAAGAUCAACUGGAUACAUAUUUCAAGGAAUGUUUGACCGAAGAAAAACGAAGCAUAUGUGAGCCGAUCAAGAAGAAUAAAUAUAAGUUAUUUAGCAGUCCACCUCCAAAGAUCCCUUCAAAGGACAAGCAACAGAUAGCAAUGCUCAAGAGUGACUGUGGCCUCUAUUCCAGAUUAUACAUUGCUUGUCAAACAAGAGACGGUGAUUUGGACAAAUUUUUUGAGCAUGAAAAUCAAGGUUGUCCACCAUCACUGUCGCAACAUGGUAAUCUGUGUUUGCCAGGAAACAAGUCAGAUCUGCUGCAGUGCACAGGAGCAGUCAUUCCUGUUGUCACUGAUUCUCCAAACUCUAUAGAUGUCACUAUUAUAGACAGCGCCGCUGCAAUUAACAUGCUUAAACCCACGCCCGCAGUGAAAACCUUCCACGAUUAUGCUGAACAUGUGUUUAUUCCUUACAUCAAAGGACAGUUACAGCACACAAAGAGAUUUGAUGUAGUAUGGGAUGAGUAUACACCAAAUAGCCUAAAAGAAACGAGGAAAAAACGUGGAAGAGGCAUCCGCAGAAGGGUCCAGUCAUCAACAAAGCUGCCAAGCAAAUGGCAUGAAUUUCUCCGAGUGAAUGAAAAUAUGACGGAAUUAUUUGCAUUUUUGGCAAACCACAUCCUUUCCGCUGAUUUUGGAAGUAACAAGCAGGUUAUCAGUAACCAUCGGUCAACAAGUUCUCUGCAAUCUGCCUUGUGA